AUGCUUCGCGGCCUUCAGCAGCACUCGCAGCCACGCCCAAGCCACCGCCACAUUUCGGAGCAGGAGCACCUCUACCAUCUGCAGCAGCAGCAGCAACUGCAGCAGCAGCAGUUGCAGCAGCAAAGGCUGCUGCAACAACAUUUGCUGCAGCAGCACCAGCCCUUGCAUCCACAAGAAGAAGACCCUUCACAGUGGGACUAA